AUGAGACUCUGCUUGCAUCUCCUCGUUUACGCAUUCUUUCUAGCUGUCCUCGCCCUUGCUACGGGUGAUGGCUUGACCACUCAAGUUACCUGGGACCCUUACAGUCUCUUGGUCAAUGGAGAGCGGUUGUUCUUGUUCUCCGGCGAGUUUGCCUAUGAACGCAUGCCCGUGCCGGAAAUGUGGUCCGAUAUCUUCCAAAAGUUCAGGGCAAAUGGGUUCAAUGCAGUCAGCUUGUACUUCUUCUGGUCGUAUCACUCUGCUUCUCGCGACAUCUUUGACUUCACGUCUGGAGGCAAAGACAUCCAGAAAGUUAUAGAUGCUGCUGCAGAGGCUGGUCUCUAUAUCAUUGCCCGCCCGGGACCUUAUGCAAACGCCGAGACAAACGCAGGUGGUUUGGCACUAUGGACAAGCGAUGGUUCCGCAGGUGAUUACCGGACGUCAGAUCAAGCUUACUAUGAAGCCUGGGAACCAUGGAUGAGGGAGGUCAACAAGAUUCUCGUCAAGAACCAAAUAACCGAAGGCGGCCCUAUCAUCCUCUACCAGAUCGAGAACGAGCUACAAGAGACUGUACACAAGGCUGAUAACACACUCGUGACCUACAUGGAGCAGCUCAAAAAGAGUGUGAGAGAUUCCGGAAUAGUGGUUCCUCUAACGCAUAAUGAGAAAGGUCAAAGAUCACAAAGUUGGUCGACCGACUACCAGGAUGUAGGAGGUUCUGUCAAUAUAUACGGUCUAGAUUCAUACCCAGGCGGUCUGAGUUGCACCAACAUCAAUACUGGAUUCAACCUCGUUCGAAACUAUUACCAAUGGUUCCAGAACUACUCGUACACCCAGCCCGAGUUCUGGCCUGAAUUCGAAGCUGGCUGGUUCCAACCGUGGGCGGGCAACUUCUACGAUGACUGUUUGGCAGGCAUGUCCAAUUCUUGGGGUGGGAAAUUCUCUGCUGAACACGAUCCUGCCUUCGCCGAUGUCUAUUACAAGAACAACAUAGGCCAAAGAGGGACACUGAUGUCGCUCUACAUGGCAAUGGGAGCAACAAACUGGGGCAACCUCGCAGCUCCUGUCGUCUAUACGAGCUACGACUACUCUGCGCCCAUGCGUGAAACUCGUGAGCUUCAACUCAAGAUGUCACAGACCAAACUGAUUGCACUGUUUACAAGAGUUUCACAAGAUCUUCUCUACACCAACAUGGAGAGUAAUGGUACUGGGAAUGCUGUAUCAACUCAAGACAUCUGGACCUGGGUUCUGAGAAACCCCAACACAACUGCAGGGUUCUACGUGACGCAACACUCGAAAUCGAGCUCAAGAGCUGUUACGGACUUUUCUAUAAGCCUCAAAACAUCCUUGGGAUCAAUUACAGUCCCGAGUGUCCAGCUCAACGGUCGCCAGAGCAAGAUUGUAGUCUCGGACUACCACUUUGGGGAACACACUCUGUUGUAUUCUUCUGUCGACGUGCUGACAUACGGCUUGUUUGACCGGCAAUCAGUCCUUGUGCUCUAUCUUGAGGUGGGCCAGAUUGGUGAAUAUGCUUUCCCUGGAAACGUUUCCAUAAAGUCAUUCGGCAACAUGAACGUCACAGCAUCUCAUGUCAAAGUCAACGGAACUGCGUCUUACACCAAGUUUGUGUACAAGCAAUCAGCCAGUAAGACGAUUGUCCAGCUGUCUAACGGUGUCUUGCUGUAUCUCUUGGAUGUGUCGACAGCCUGGUCAUUCUGGGCACCACCCACUACCUUGGACCCUAAUGUCGCUGCAGAUAAACAGAUCUUCGCGAUAGGUCCUUAUCUCGUUCGCAACGCCAGUGUUAGUGGCAAAGCUGUCUCUGUCAAUGGCGACAAUACCAACUCAACGACACUUGAAGUCUACGUGGGUAAUGAAAGUGUUGAUACUAUCACAUGGAACGGUCGAAUUCUGGCUACGAAGAAGACGGCAUAUGGCGCUCUCACAGCUGAUCUUACGAGUGUCCUCGACCGUAAGAUAACCAUUCCUUCUCUUACCAGGUGGCAAGUGGCCGAUUGUCUGCCCGAAGUCGCCAGGAGUUACGACGAUUCAGCUUGGACUGUAUGCAACAAAACAACCACACAAGCUCCAGUCAAGCCACUGUCCGUGCCCGUUCUUUACAGUUCAGACUAUGGAUACUAUUCUGGCAUCAAAAUCUACCGUGGCUACUUUGACGGCAAGUCAGUCACAUCAGCCAAUCUGACAGCACAGGGUGGCUCAGCCGCAGGGUGGAGUGCCUGGCUGAACGGCAAACUUGUCGGUGGCCAUUCCGGAAACGCUUCUCUAUUGUCAACAUCAUAUGUACUCGACUUCACAGGAGUAACACUCUAUGACAAGGACAACGUGCUGACAGUGGUCACCGAUUACACUGGUCACGAUCAGACUUCUACGGGCAAAGGCGCUGCAAACCCUCGAGGUCUUUUGGGCGCGGCCCUGAAGAGUUCUGGUAACACCACUGCCAGCUUCAAGAAGUGGCUCAUUCAGGGCAAUGCUGGGGGAUCCGCCAACAUCGAUCCUGUCCGUGGACCUCUCAACGAAGGUGGACUGUAUGGAGAGCGUCUCGGAUGGCACCUCCCUGGCUUCUCUCCCUCAGGUAACGAAUGGUCAGCCGGUUCUCCUGCUGGAGGGCUCAACUCCAGCGGCAUCAAGUGGUAUUUGACGACAUUCGAGCUUGACAUUGAUUCAGAUCUCGAUGUCCCCAUUGGUCUUGAACUUUCCGCACCCCCAGGAACUGUCGCCAGUGUCCAGAUAUACCUGAAUGGUUAUCAAUAUGGAAAGUACAUUCCUCAUAUCGGUCCACAAACACGAUUCCCCUUUCCACCUGGCGUCAUCAACAACCAAGGCAACAACACACUUGCAUUGAGUGUCUGGGCCGAGACGGAUGCAGGUGCAAAGCUCGAUGAUGUUACACUGUUUGCCUAUAAUACCUACGAGACUUCGUUCAAUUUUGCCCGGGAUUGGAGUUAUUUGCAACCUGGGUGGACAAGCGAAAGACUACGAUAUGCUUAG